CGUCCGAGGUAAAUACUAGGGCGGUGGGUGUGGGGCAACCGGCCGGCCCAGGACCGGGACUAGGGAGGCAAGGGCAGGGCGACGCCCCGCCGCCUGAGUUUCUCUCUUUCCAGGGUGAAGAUGGUUUUACACAACGAUCUGGAGUUCUUUAGUUGAAAGGUGCGCCCUGUUGAGACAGGCAUUUUGAUUUGCUGUCUUUUUACAGCAUGGACACCAAAUUGCUAAAAACAUGCUUUGGGGAACUGCCAGUGAAUUUAUCUUUUGCGGUUUUACGACAAACUUAUCAGUAGUUCCCUUUUUUUUGAAUUAAUAUUUUGAAGUUAAUAUCACAAUGAGUUCAGGCUUAUGGAGCCAAGAAAAAGUUACUUCGCCCUACUGGGAAGAGCGGAUUUUUUAUUUGCUUCUUCAAGAAUGCAGCGUUACAGACAAACAAACGCAAAAGCUCCUUAAAGUACCAAAGGGGAGUAUAGGACAGUAUAUCCAAGAUCGUUCUGUGGGGCAUUCGAGGAUUCCUUCUACAAAAGGCAAGAAAAAUCAGAUUGGAUUAAAAAUUCUAGAGCAACCUCAUGCGGUUCUCUUUGUUGAUGAAAAGGAUGUUGUAGAAAUAAAUGAAAAAUUCACAGAGUUACUUUUGGCAAUUACCAAUUGUGAGGAGAGGUUCAGUCUGUUUAAAAACAGAAACAGACUCAGUAAAGGCCUCCAGAUAGACGUGGGCUGCCCUGUGAAAGUACAGCUGAGAUCUGGGGAAGAGAAAUUUCCCGGAGUUGUGCGCUUCAGAGGACCCUUAUUAGCAGAGAGGACGGUGUCGGGAAUAUUCUUUGGAGUAGAAUUGCUGGAAGAAGGUCGUGGCCAAGGUUUCACUGAUGGGGUCUAUCAAGGGAAACAGCUUUUUCAGUGUGAUGAAGACUGUGGAGUGUUUGUUGCAUUGGACAAGCUAGAAAUCAUAGAAGAUGAUGACACUGGAUUGGAAAGUGAUUAUGCAGGCCCAGUGGACACGAUGCAGGUUGAACUUCCCCCUUUGGAAAUAAACUCCAGAGUUUCUUUGAAGGUUGGAGAAACAAUAGAAUCUGGAACAGUUAUAUUCUGUGAUGUUUUGCCAGGAAAAGAAAGCUUAGGAUAUUUUGUUGGUGUGGACAUGGAUAACCCUAUUGGCAACUGGGAUGGAAAAUUUGAUGGAGUACAGCUUUGUAGUUUUGCAAGUGUUGAAAAUACAAUUCUAUUGCAUAUCAAUGAUAUUAUCCCAGAUAGCGUGACACAGGAAAGGAGGCCUCCCAAACUUGCCUUUAUGUCAAGAGGUGUUGGGGACAAAGGUUCAUCCAGUCAUAAUAAACCAAAGGCUACAGGAUCUACCUCAGACCCUGGAAAUAGAAACAGAUCUGAAUUAUUUUAUACCUUAAAUGGGUCUUCUGUUGACUCACAACAACAAUCCAAAUCAAAAAAUACAUGGUACAUUGAUGAAGUUGCAGAAGACCCUGCAAAGUCACUUACAGAGAUAUCUUCAGACUUCAGCCAUUCUUCACCACCACUGCAGCCUCCUUCUGUGAACUCAUUGUCCAGUGAGAACAGAUUUCACUCUUUACCGUUCAGUCUGACAAAGAUGCCCAAUACCAAUGGCAGUAUCGGCCACAGCCCGCUUUCUCUGUCAGCUCAGUCUGUGAUGGGGGAGCUGAACAGCGCGCCUGUUCAGGAGAGUCCACCCUUGGCCAUGUCUUCUGGUAACUCACAUGGCCUAGAAGUGGGCUCACUGGCCGAAGUUAAAGAUAAUCCUCCUUUUUAUGGGGUGAUCCGUUGGAUUGGUCAGCCGCCAGGACUCAAUGAAGUACUAGCUGGACUGGAACUGGAGGAUGAAUGUGCCGGCUGUACAGACGGAACCUUUAAGGGCACGCGGUAUUUCACCUGUGCCCUGAAGAAGGCGCUGUUUGUUAAACUGAAGAGCUGCAGGCCUGACUCUAGGUUUGCGUCACUGCAGCCUGUUUCCAAUCAGAUCGAACGCUGUAACUCUUUAGCAUUUGGAGGCUACUUAAGUGAAGUAGUAGAAGAAAAUACUCCACCAAAAAUGGAAAAAGAAGGUUUGGAGAUAAUGAUUGGAAAGAAGAAAGGUAUCCAGGGUCAUUAUAAUUCUUGUUACUUAGACUCAACCUUAUUCUGUUUAUUUGCUUUUAGUUCUGUUCUGGACACUGUGUUACUUAGACCCAAAGAAAAGAAUGAUGUAGAAUAUUACAGUGAAACUCAAGAGCUACUGAGGACAGAAAUUGUUAAUCCUCUGAGAAUAUUUGGAUAUGUGUGUGCCACAAAAAUUAUGAAACUGAGGAAAAUACUUGAAAAAGUAGAGGCUGCCUCAGGAUUUACCUCUGAAGAAAAAGAUCCUGAAGAAUUCUUGAAUAUCUUAUUUCAUCAUAUUUUAAGGGUAGAACCAUUGCUAAAAAUAAGAUCAGCAGGUCAAAAAGUACAAGAUUGUUACUUCUAUCAAAUUUUUAUGGAAAAAAAUGAGAAAGUUGGAGUUCCUACCAUUCAGCAGUUGUUAGAGUGGUCUUUUAUCAAUAGUAACCUGAAAUUUGCAGAGGCACCAUCAUGUCUGAUUAUUCAGAUGCCUCGAUUUGGAAAAGACUUUAAACUGUUUAAAAAAAUUUUUCCUUCUCUGGAAUUAAAUAUAACAGAUUUACUUGAAGACACUCCCAGGCAGUGCCGGAUCUGUGGGGGGCUCGCGAUGUAUGAGUGCAGAGAGUGCUACGAUGAUCCGGACAUCUCAGCUGGGAAGAUCAAGCAGUUUUGCAAAACCUGCAACACUCAAGUCCACCUUAAUCCCAAGAGGUUGAAUCAUAAAUACAACCCAGUGUCACUUCCCAAAGAUUUACCUGACUGGGACUGGAGACACGGCUGCAUCCCUUGCCAGAAGAUGGAGUUAUUUGCUGUUCUCUGCAUAGAAACAAGCCACUAUGUUGCUUUUGUGAAGUAUGGGAAGGACGACUCUGCCUGGCUCUUCUUUGAUAGCAUGGCGGAUCGGGAUGGUGGUCAGAAUGGCUUCAACAUUCCUCAAGUUACCCCAUGCCCAGAGGUGGGAGAAUACUUGAAGAUGUCCCUGGAAGACCUGCAUUCCUUGGACUCCAGAAGAAUCCAGGGCUGCGCACGAAGACUCCUCUGCGAUGCAUAUAUGUGCAUGUACCAGAGUCCGACGAUGAGUUUGUACAAGUAGCUGGGGUCAUCGACAGAGGUGAAGAAAUGGAAGGCAAAGUUUUAAUGUUGCAUUUCAUUCAAGCUGGCAGUUCUGUUCAACGUCCAUUGCCGGCAAUGGAUGUCUUUGUGGUGAUGAUCCUUCAGAAAAGGAUUCCUGUGUUUAAAAACAAAUUGCUUUUGUGUUACUGAAGUAUUUAAUAAGAAGCAUUUUGCACUCUAGAAAGUAUGUUUGUGUUGGUUUUUUAAGAAGUCUAAAUGAAGUUAUUAAUAUCUGAAGCUUUAAGUUAAGUGCAUUAAUCAUAUGAUAUUUUUGGAGGCAUACAAUUUUAAUUGUGCAAGUUUAAAACCUCUUUUAGUCCAUUGAGAAUGUAAAUAAAUGUGUCUUCUUUAUGGACCAAG